CUUUUGAGAACAGAGCGAACUUUCCAAUGCAAGUCAUGGGUGGACAAAAUUUCAGUGGGAAACUAUUUCUGGUUUUAUGUCUUUGUAAUCUAUACUCAGUUUGUGCUACAACAGACGUCUGUUCCAAUAGCAUUCUUCCUGGAUCUAAAGGAGAUCCAGGUGAGGUGGGAACAGAAGGCGAAGAGGGAAAAAUGGGGAAAACCGGCCCACCUGGCCACCGAGGCCUGACCGGCGAAUAUGGAGAGAAAGGAGAUAUGGGCCGGAUGGGAAAGAUGGGAUCUAUUGGGGAGAGAGGUGACAAAGGACAACAAGGAACUGAUGGUCCUCCAGGCAUAAAAGGAAAACCUGGUACUACCUGUGACUGUGGGAGGUACAGAAAGAUGGUCGGACAGAUGGACGUCAGUAUAAGCAAACUGAAAACUGCAGUCAAGUUUCUAAAGAACGUGAUUCUAGGUAUCAGGGAGACAGAGGACACGUUUUAUCUGCUAGUAAAGGAGGCGCGGAAGUUCCGAGAGUCACUUUUGAACUGCAAGAUGCGUGGAGGAUCUCUCGCUAUGCCCAAAACCACAGAGACAAACACCUUACUCGCCAACUAUAUCAGUGAAGCUCACCUCACCCAUGUGUUUAUAGGGCUACAGGUAGGGGAGCCAGAGGUGGGGUACAUGUACAUUGAUGGUAAACCCCUCUUGAACACCACAAUCUGGGGACUGCAGGGGCCACGCAGCGGUAACGGUGACUGUGUGCAGCUGGGUAGUACAGGAGCUUGGAGCCAGGUGGAGUGUGUAGCCACACAGUACUACAUAUGUGAGUUUGCCAAAAACAGAAAGUCUCCAGCAACUUUUAUGUGAUAGUUAAAUGGUCACAGAUGGAGAGAGUUUUCAUUAUGUUUUUAAUCAUUCAUUUUUAACAUCCAAAGCUGAUAUAGUGAGUAAAUGUCAUACAAAGGCUACAUUUUACUGUAUUUUCAUAUGAUAUUUUGUAAUGUUUUAGAAUUUUUUGUUAUUGAAAAUUAUUAAUCACUCUUUUAUAUAACUUAAUAAAGGUUAAAAAGGGGUAUGUGAGUGUCAUGCUUCAACUAAUUAGUAAAACAGUCAACUUUUUCCUGUUUUGGUUGGUUCCUUUUUAGUUUCAUUUCAUCAAAUGCUGUUCUCUGCCAUACAGCCUUCGGGAGAUUCUCAUGAAAUCUAACAACUCAAAAAAUAUAAACAUUCAAUA